AUGCCCAAACGUUCCACCUCUAGCUCGAGCUCGUCCUCGUCGUCCGUCAAACGACGUAGGAAACGGAGACGACGACGGUCACUCUCUCCUAGUGCUGAACGUGACAAUUCGCCUGUCAAUGUUUUCAUUUUGGACGCCAAACUAGAACCGGAGGCAAUCGCGGAGCUGGCUUCAAUGGUGGAAGAUAACGACUUAUCCGAGCUUCAGCUCUGUUCAAGUGUUCAAGAAUCAGACAUCAUCGUGACUGCUGUCCGGAUGAGAAAGCGGUUAGAGAGGCAUCUUGAUUGGCAGCUUGCAAGACAAAAACCCAUAGUUACACCAGAUUGGCUGAGAGGCUCGAUUGAGCAAUGCAGGCUCCUUCCCUGCGCUGACUACGCCGCCCUCGAAGAACUCGUCGAAACAACUGCUUCACACUGCCCAGAGAAGACUUGUUUAACCCAUGAGGAAUGUACUCACAGAACCUCAUCCGAUCCGUUUCCUGACGCACCGAACGCUGUUGACAACGCCAAUAAGGACAUUCAUCCUGGACUUUUCCAACGCUACGCCUGCAUCCGACAUUCUCCCCUCGUAUGUGUGAAUCAAGACAUGGUAAAUCAGUUCCUCGUAUUGAAACGCCACAGGGAGUUGGAGGGCUGGCAGCUCAGAGCGCUAAGCUAUGAGCGUACUAUAGCUUCUUUGAAAGCCUAUCCUCACCUCAUAACCGAGGACAAGUUGACUGAGAUAGCUAGAAUACCUUUUCUCGGAGAGAAGUCUAUGACAAAGGUCAAAGAAUAUCUUCGUCAAGGCAAGAUUUCAGAGUGCACGACACUUCUCGCCAACGAGAGGUAUCAAGCCCUUUCGUCAUUCAUUUCUAUCCAUGGAAUUGGACCUAGUACAGCCCGAAACCUGUACUCGAUGAAUCUCAGAACGCUCAGUGACCUUGAGCGCUACUACGGCGUCGAUCCCGAUCCCGACGUCCCGGCAGCAGAGAAACUAGCCACCCUACCUCAAUCCCACGGCUCCAAGUCGAAUAUACCACAGUUGACGAUUCCAGUCGGACUGGCGUUACGACACGAUUUGGCGGAAACGAUUCCUCGGCAUGAGGUAGAAGAAAUGCGUGAUGCUGUGAUGGCAGAAUUAGACAAGAUAAGAACGGGUUGUGUUAGCACUAUUACCGGAGGCUAUCGUCGAGGAAAGCUCGAAAGUAACGACGUUGACAUUGUGAUCAGUCAUAGCGAUUUGAAAAUAGGUCGGGGAUAUGUCGUCGGCUUGUGUUCUCAACUUGUUCGAGCACUGUAUCGCAAAGGCCUUGUAACCCACGUUAUGCGUGAGCUCGUUCGUCUGCACGUUUUGAAGGCGGCGUUGUUAAAUUUGACCUUUCUUGUAGACUUGUCAAGUUUUCGUGAACACAACACUCUCCGCACAUCCCAUUGGGACUCGUUGGAAAAGGCUUUAACUGUCUUCUUACUCCCAAACGACGGAAAGGGCACUCGUCGCAUACAUCGCCGCCUUGACUUGAUCUUUGCUGCUCCAGAAGUGUAUUGGACGGCAGUCGUAGGCUGGACUGGUUCAAAGAUGUUUGAACGAGAUUUGAGAUUAUGGGCUAAACAGGAAAAGUAUGAUUACACGACUUCUACAACUCCACAGCGGGAUCUGGACUAA